UUGGUACCAAAGUUUAUACUACAUUUUUCAAAUUUAUAUCUCUUGGGAUUGCCACUUGUCUCACCUUCCCCACACUCUGGAUUCUUGUCUUUCUCUCUCUCUUCUUCCUUCUUCCUAUCCUUUUUCCAUUUCCUCUCAGGUUUGAAGCAACGAGGUGUUUAUUUUAUUAAUCUUGUUGCUGGAGAUUUCAAUCUGAUUAUUCCAUUGUAAAGGGCAUUAAUCAAUCUUGUUUGCAAUGUAUCCCAACCAAGCGUUUUCGUCGGGAUCUUACGCCGAGAUGAUUUCCGGGAACACUUUGUUACCUCAUAACUAUAGUGAAUCUGUGGGAGGACAAAAUGAGUUGAAGUUUAUCGCAUCUAUGGACGACUCGAUGAAUAUGCAGUCUAUUGAUCAAGGGCAUUCGAAUGCUGCUACGAGUGAUCCAUCGUCACAAUUCGGACUCGUUGAGAGCGAGCAAAAUGUACAAUGUCAAGGGUUGUCUCUUAGGCUUGGAACAAUGAUGCCUUCCUUUCAAUAUCAGUAUCCCGGCAACGGUUUCACGUCGCUAAUGAAUGCUCAGAUUUCAAAUUUAAAAGGGUCCGGGUCUCUUAAAGACGACGAUGAUUUGAGAAAUGCGGAGUGUAUUGCGUAUCAUAAUUCUGUCAAAAGGGAGGGUUUGUAUAAUCCGCACUCAUCGAUAGGUCUUAACGAAGGUCAAUCUGAUCCGUGUUUACAUGGAUCAGCAAUUCUUCCGAACAAUGGCCUUAACGGGCACUACCUUAAGGCGGCACAGGAAUUGCUCGAUGAAAUAGUUAAUGUUCGAAAGACGUUGAAACAAACUGGAUUGGAGAACCAACAAAGUUUUCGUGAUGCUGGUUUAGACGGUUCCAAAGAUUCAGAUGGAAAAUCUACUAGCCAAUCUAUGCAAAUGUCCUCGGGUCCUAAUGGUUCUAAUGCAAACAACUCUACGACCGAGCUAUCACCAGCGGAACGACAGCAUUUGUUAGACAAGAAAACAAAACUUUUGUCCAUGCUGGAUGAGGUCGACAAAAGAUACCGACAAUACUGUCAUCAGAUGCAGAUUGUGGUAUCGUCUUUCGACAUGGUUGCUGGCUGUGGAGCAGCCGAACCAUACACAGCUCUUGCUUUGCGCACAAUUUCUCGUCACUUUCGCUGUUUGCGUGAUGCUAUAAGCGGCCAGAUUCAAGUAACUCAGAGGAGCCUCGGUGAACAAGAGGGAAUACCUCGUCUCCGGUAUGUCGAUCAGCAGCUUAGACAACAAAAAGCUCUUCAGCAGCUUGGUGUAAUGAGACAAGCUUGGAGACCUCAGAGGGGACUUCCCGAAAGCUCUGUUUCAAUACUCCGUGCAUGGCUCUUCGAGCAUUUCCUUCAUCCUUAUCCUAAGGACUCGGAGAAAAUUAUGCUGGCAAGACAAACAGGAUUGACCCGAAACCAGGUGGCGAAUUGGUUUAUUAACGCGAGGGUGCGUCUAUGGAAACCGAUGGUCGAAGAAAUGUACAAAGAAGAGUUUGGAGAUUCCGAGACAAGCAGCAAUCUUUUAUCAGAAAACACACCGAAAGCUCCAAGAGACGAAGAUCUUCGAGCGUGGGAUGAUAAAAGAGACGAGUCUCAUGACAAGUUAAUAACCAUUGAUAGCGUUCAACAACAAGGUCAAAUUGCAGGGUUGAAGCUGGAUCAUGCGUCGUCUUCCGCCACCACCGCGACAGAAUUGGAAAGAGGGAUUCAAAGUAAUGAUCAUUGGACAAAUGUGAUGGAUUCUAGAAUUGGGAAAAUGCAGGGUGACCAACAAAGGUUUAACAUGAACAAUAGUCCUUAUUCAAAUGCACCUAUCUCGAUAAACCAGAAUGGUGAAAACUGCAUAAUGGAUUCUACUCCUACUACUUAUGAUGAUUUAUCGGAGUUGAGUAACUUUGCUGUUGGUGGACAUGUCUCACUUGCGUUGGAGUUGAGGAACUCGGAAAGUGAUGGAUUUGGUUUGUCGAAUGAUGACGUCAGUAAAAGGCGUAAUCAAACAUUGGCUUCUUCGCCGGAUAACGAUUUGUUAGAUUAUCAUUUCACAGACAAUGGAAAGCAACAACACAAGUUUGGCAGUCCUCAUUUAUUACAUGAGUUCGUUGUCUGAAUUGUAAGAAGUUCGUGUUUGGAGAGCAUCACAUUCGAAUUCGGAUUGUCUACAGUUAAUAAUCUCACGCAUUCACUCAGUCAGGUCAUCGAUGAAUGUUGUAUCGAUAUCACAGAGUUCAAAUUUCAAAGCAAAUUUUGAUUUUUCUUAAAACUAUAGUAGUAAUAUUGAACUUGAAAUAUGGAUUGUCUGAUCUCAAUUCAACGACCACUGAUAUGCUGACCACGUGAAUGUCUGAGAUAGCUGACUAUAGGCAAUCUAAAUUCGUCAGAUUCCCCGUGUCAUCGCACGUCUAUCUCAAAGCUACAACCCUACAACGACUACCUUCUCGUUGUGCGUCUAUACAUCGGCCGAGUUUCCAAAUAUAUUGGAAUUUUUUUGAUGUUUUGUUAAGGGGAGUAUGGAAAAUGUGUACCUCAAAAAAGUAGAAACUAGGAAGAGAAAAACAUAUGGUGUUACAUUGUGAUAUUCGUCAUUAUUGUUGUUGUUGACAGUGAAUGAUAAAAAUGUAUGUAAAGCAUGAACCGUACAAAAUAUACACGUAGGUAUGUGUAGAUAGUACUAUGUUGUAAUAUUGUGGGGGGUGAUUGAUUGUAUGUAUUUGCAGGCAAUUUUGUAAGGACAAAGAAAGAACAUGUCUAAUGCAUCAUCAUCAUGAAUAAGGAAAGAAUCUUUGUGAAAAA